AUGGAACAGAAUUCUUUCUUUAGCUUUGCCCCAAUUAAAAAAAAAACAGUAAAACCAGAAGCUGCAAAAAGAAAAUCGCGCGACAAAUUAAGCUCUAAAAUCCUAACAUCCACACCUAUGAAAGAACAACUAGAAGAAGCUGAAAAAAAACGACGAAAUGCAGCAGACAAAAAAGCUAAAUCUGUUAAAAGAAAUUUUUACAUUUCGGAGAAGAAAGUCAAAAAGGAUGAGAAGAAAAUCAAGAAAUUGACAAUAAAAAGAAGAAAGCUAUCCGAAUCAAGCUCAAGUAAUGAAUCAGAAUCCAGCAACGAUCUUUGUGACGACGAUGAGUUAGAUGAUGUAGACCUUUACGAACAUUUUGCCAAUGCGAUGGGAUCUGAACAGACUGAAGAGUUAUGCGGCAUUUGCAAUAAAUUUGGUCGCGAUGGAGAACUAUGGUAUCGGUGCAUUCGCUGUUCAACUUGGAAUCAUGCAGCAUGCAGUGGCGCUGACCAAGCUGAAGGAUACCUUUGUGAUUUUUGUAGUCCUGAAAAAAUUAAAUAG